ACAUGUGUGUGUCUCCCACCAAGCUUUGUUCUCAAACAUGUACAUGGCUUCACACACCACUUGUUCUGCUCUCCCCCUCCUCCUCCUCCUCUAUCUUUUCCUUAUUGCCCCACCACAAGUGCUAGUUGGAGCGCGGAGCUUAAACGGAAGGGGUUGGCAGUCUGGAGGGGCGACAAACGAUAGCCUAUGCGAGUUGGCAGUGAUUCCUCAGGGUUACAAGUGCCAAGAGUACAAGGUUCAAACUGAAGAUGGAUACAUUCUUGGCUUACAAAGAAUUCCACAAGGACGUGACAGCGAUCGAGAAGGCCAGAAAAGGCAGCCAGUGCUAUUGCAGCAUGGAAUUCUCGUGGAUGGGAUGAGCUGGGCGCUGAAUUCACCAGAGGAGUCACUAGCCUUCAUCUUGGCAGACAAUGGAUUUGAUGUGUGGAUAGCAAACACAAGAGGAACAACGUGGAGCCCUACUCACAUUUCUCUCAACAUAACUGAUCAGGCAUUUUGGUCUUUUUCUUGGGAUGAACUGGCCUCUUAUGAUCUCCCUGCCAUCUUGGACUUUGUCUACCAACAAACCGGCCAGAAGGUGGAUUAUGUUGGCCAUUCUCUGGGCACUUUGAUAGCUUUGUCAUCUUUGUCUCAAGGGAAGCUUGUAGACAAGAUGAAAUCAGCAGCUCUUCUCAGUCCAAUUGCUUACUUGUCUCACAUCACUACUCGACUGGGAAAGCUUGCAGCCAGAGUAUUUGUUGCAGAUGUUAUUAAAUGGCUCGGGGUAUCAGAAUUUAAUCUCAAAUCGAAGAUUUCAUCAGAUUUCCUUAAUAAAUUGUGCGAUUAUCCAGGUGUGGAUUGCUUUGAUUUAGUGGCAGCGAUUUCAGGGAACAAUUGCUGCCUCAAUCACACCGCCGUGGAAUACUAUUUGAAGUAUGAACCGCAACCAACAUCGAUAAAGAAUUUAAUUCAUUUAGCUCAAAUGGUGAGAGAUGGAGUGAUAACGAAAUACGAUUACGGAAGCAAGACGGCUAACAUGAAGCACUACAACCAAGUGAAUCCCCCGCCCUAUGACAUGUCGAACAUUCCAAAGGAUUUUCCUUUGUUUCUUAGCUAUGGCGGCCGGGAUGAGCUCUCCGAUGUCGAAGAUGUUUUACAACUCUUAGAUGACCUCAAGUUGCAUGACGUGGAUAAGCUAACAGUUCAGUAUGUGGAAGAGUAUGCCCAUCUUGAUUUUGUAUUAGGGAUUAAUGCUAAAGCUAUUGUUUAUGGUUCAAUAAUCUCAUUCUUUAAUACACAUUAAAUGUCAAUUAUUUAAUGUAAUUGGGAUUACAAAUGAUGAGAUGGAUUGUUCAAUUUGGCAAAUCAAGUGAUAAAUGUAUUGUAGUAAUUUUAU